GAGUGUUCAUUCAAUUUAGCAUUAAAUAGAUAGAGUGCUUUAGUCAUGUGUUUUUGGUGGGGACAAAGUGAAUGCCUAGAUUCCCCUUUUUCAAUUAUAAACUUAACUGUGAAAAUGUAUCAACAUUCUUAAACUAAAAGGGCAGGACUAUUAAAAAUAUAUUGUAAUGAGAAAGGGAAUAGAGUUUCUUUGUUGGCACCCUUAUAUGUCUCACUAGUUAAUAGCCAGUGUACAUUUUGAGUUGUUAUGUUACAUGCAGGAAGUUGAUAGGAGCAAGGUACUUUAACAAAGGUUUAGCUGCAUCAGUUGGUGACCAACUAAACUCCUCGUUAACAACCUCAUUAUCAACUGUGAGGGACCUUCAUGGCCAUGGAUCACACACCCUAUCAACUGCUGUGGGCAAUUUUGUUCCAGGAGCUAAUGUUUUUGGCCAUGGUAACGGGACAGCAAGUGGGGGAUCGCCUGCAGCCCGUGUUGCAGCUUAUAAAGUAUGCUGGCCCGAAGUUGGAGACGGUGCAUGCAUGGACGCAGACAUCCUUGCUGCCUUUGAUGCUGCAAUUAGUGAUGGUGUUGAUGUGUUCUCACUGUCAAUCGGUGGGGCGCCAGCUGAGUAUUUCGAGGAUGGAAUUGCAAUUGGGUCCUUCCAUGCUGUCAAGAAUGGCAUUACUGCGGUUGCUUCUGCUGGCAAUUCUGGGCCAACACCAGGGACUGUGUCCAAUGUGGCACCCUGGAUAUUUACAAUUGUGGCUAGCACAGUUGACAGAGCGUUCACAAGUUAUAUCACGCUUGGGAACAAGAAGAAGAUCAAGGGAAUGAGUCUUUCUGCAACAACUUUACCGCGUAGGAAAUACUAUCCACUGAUCACUGGUGCAAGCGCUAAAUUAGAUGACGUCUCAGAAGUAGAUGCCAACCUGUGUGAGCUAGAUUCACUCGACCCUAGAAAGGCUAAGGGGAAGAUUGUGGUGUGUCUUCAAGGGGGAGGUGGAACAACAGAGAAAGGGGUAGCGGCCUUACGAGCCGGAGCUGUUGGCAUGAUUCUAACAAAUGACAAGCAAAGUGGGAAUGAAGCUUUUCCAUUUGCUCACGUGCUCCCAGCUGCUGAUGUCAAUUUCAUUGAUGGUCAAACUAUCUAUGCCUACAUCAAUGCUACUGGGAAACCUACAGCAAACAUCACUCCUGUAAAGACUGUAUUGGGUAUAAAACCGGCUCCAUCUAUGGCUGCAUUCUCCUCCAGGGGACCUAGUUUCAUAGAUCCAGAAAUUCUCAAGCCUGAUAUCAGUGCACCUGGGGUGGGCAUCAUUGCAGCUUUCAGUUUAGCAAGUUCACCAACUGGAUCAAAGUUUGAUAAACGCCGGAUUCCAUUCAACUUACUAUUCGGUACUUCCAUGGCUUGCCCUCAUGUCUCCGGUGUUGUUGGACUUCUCAAGACACUCUACCCUCUUUGGAGUCCUGCAGCUAUUAAAUCUGCAAUAAUGACUACGGCAACAACACUCGAUAAUGAAGAGAAGCCAAUGAAAGAUUCUUCAACCAACGAUACAGCAACUCCAUUUGCGUAUGGGGCAGGAGAGGUGACACCAAACCAAGCAAUGGAUCCUGGCCUCGUUUAUGACUUGACGAUUGAUGAUUACUUGAACUACCUCUGCGGUCGGGGAUACAACACAAGCUUGCUCAAAAGGUUCGCAACCAAGCCAUUUGCAUGUCCCAAGUCAUACAGCUUAUCAGACUUCAACUACCCUUCAAUUUCACUUUCUGAAUUGAGCGGUGAGGUGACUGUCACUCGAAGGGCAAAGAAUGUUGGACAUCCAGGAACAUAACAUACUUUGCUCGUAUCAAGUAACCUACUGGAGUCUCGGUAUCGGUUAAACCGGAGACAUUGACAUUCAAAAAAAUGGGUGAAGAGAAGAAAUUCGUAGUCACAUUCCACCCUAUGAGUAAAGUAGAGUCUAGAGAUUUUGUAUUUGGACAGUUGGUUUGGUCUGACUCCGACGGGAAACAUAAAGUUAUGAGUCCUAUAGUUAUAAGGCGCAAGUAGAGGUAAGACAUAUUGAUGGGGGCUCGAAACUUUCAUGAUCUAUGUAAGGAUUUGAACUUUUAAUUUUCUUAAUAAAAGUGUUAGACUUGC